AUGGCUUUGAUAUACGCAAAUGCCGUUAACAAGAGGAUGAACCAAACUUCUCGAAAAAAGAAAUCAUCGUCCUGCCCGUUUCACGAAGAAGUUGUCGAAGUUCAAUUGUCCCGAAGUUCAAGUCGCGAAAUCAGUGUCUCCAGAAAAACGUUCGUUUCUCUUUUUUUUUUUCAAACUCUCAUUCUCAGGCUCCGAUUACUUAUAACUUGCUUUUUUUGCAAAGCCGGUCGUAAAAUCAUUUUUACCUUUCUUCCGCCGUGUAAAUCCCUUAACCUUUGCUUUCUACAACUGAAACCAUUGUUAACCGGUUCAUAGUGAAAAACAUUUUUUUUUGUGAAUAGGAUGUCUGAGCGGUUUGAUCGGAGAUGUCACACGUCAAUCAUUGGGAACCUUUUGCAAGGUUUCAAGUUACUGAAAGCAAAAAACCAAAAACCAUAGAAGUUCGUGCCUUGAAGUUAAAGUUAAUUUAUGUAGUUUAGUCUUAAGCAGUGGAGAAAUGUGGAGAAAUUUUAGGAGCAUCCCAAUAGUUCAACAUGUACUCUUUGAUUUAUAAAUUACCUUUUUUGAUUGAUUAUAAAAUAUGAAACUUGUUGGAUACCGUAGUUCAAAGUUUAUAAAAACAAUGAAUUUGAAGGAAAAUGAGUUUUUCUCCUUUUUCUGAAACCUUUUUCACCUAAUCCAAACGGCUGAUUGUUUUCCAUGCCGGAAAGCGUUCUUUCGUCAGCCCAAAAACACUCAAAAAAGUAUUGCAGCUCUGCGAUCACCACUACGAGCACAAAGACGAGCGACGGAAAGCACAGACCCGUGCAGCGGAGCAAAACAAGGUUGCUCCACCGGCUCUAAUGACAUUGCAGUCUAAUUAAGCUGUGGGGAUUUGUAUCUGAAGAAAGUCGUCGACGAAGAAUCGCUUCGCAAGAUCUCACACCCAGCCAUGUCACAUUCAGCCGCCACGCAGGGCUCACCGGGCGAUAAGAAAACCGAGGCCAAACGGUUGCACGACAAGAAAACGCUGAUACAGGUGAAUGCUCUCAAAAUAGCCGUCUUGCGAUGAUUUUCAAAAAACGGUCGUUUACCUCGGAAAGCCCUGAUAUGGCUUGAUAUCAAUCGUUUUGAGUUUACAACUUUUUCGAACGAGACAUUAAUUUGAAAGUAUCUCUCGAUUCUUCACCUGAGUGAUUCAUCUCUCUAGGGAGAUGAAAUCAUUUGGAAGUCUAGAAUUCUCUGGAAAAAAAACAUGGAAGCAAACAAAAACACCAGAUAACGAAUGUCUAAGCUCCACCCUGUGCAGUUACUUUCGCUCAAAAAAUUUGAAGAUGUUUCAUUAUUUUAAGGAACUUUUUUGAGCUUCAUGAAAACAUUUCCGUUUUCCAAGCAGUAACUCAGAAAAAAUCCAGUUUGUUUUUUGGAAGUUUUCAUGCUCUUUCUAAUUGUGUUGACUCAAAAAAACGGCAAAAAAGCGAUUUUUUUGAGAAAACAAAGGUCUAUUUUUUGUUGCUUCCGCGUAUAAUGAGCAACAUCCUUGAUCCAAUUAAUAAGCAGCGUCUCGGAACAUAAAACCAGUCAUAAAAAGACGGAACCACUUUCCUGAAAGAUGAUGUCACAGCCGGAGAAUUGCAGAAGUACAACCUUGAACACGGAGUAACUGAAAACAAAAGGUCGGAACUCGAAAGACGCAGAAGCGUCAGCCUGGAUCCUGAGCAGUGGCAGCAGGAAACACAAGAAAAGUCGGUUUUUUUUAGGAAUUCUCUUUUUUUUUGUGAAGCCUUGUAAUAAUCCAGAACUAGUGAGUUUUAUCAAAAUUUUGUUGUUCAUUCAAAACAAAUUAAUAUCAAACUGAAACGGAAAUUUACUCUGAUUGACGUUCAUUGAACAUUAUCAUGUGUUUUUGACAGAAAUAUUUUAUAGUUUGAAGCUAGAAACAUCCGAUAUUUCGCUUGAGAAUUUUUCAUUUUUUCGAGAGCUGUGAACAAAUGCCUCAAAUUCAAACGGAUGGCUGCCAAUUGUUCAGUUUCAGUUGGUCAGAAAAAAGGAAGGAGACCAGAAAAUCAGGCUGAUGUGUGCCAAUUUUGAGAGAAGCGUGGGAAAAUUGGAAUCUUUUGGAAGGUUUGAAAUGGAAAAAAAACCGUUGAAAAUGAAACAAGUUUUCAAGCGUCAUGUAUCUUGUACAUAUACAUAUACUUCCCUUGUUAUUUUUCUGAUAUAUUCGCUCUUUCAAUUUUUGAAAAAAAAAUAAUAAGGUAAUUUCUCUGAAUGUUUGAAAACAACGGUUAGCUUUUUGAUUAUUCGGUUCGUUUGAAGAAUUUUAGAACACUUUACUCAAACUUUUCAGAACAUUUUCGGAAUGUCUGUGAAACGAAUAGCACCAAUAAGCUUUCCCAUGCUUCUCGAACAGUGGCAGCUCUUUGAUCUUCAGAAGAUAAAAUUUUUUUGUCAAAUCAUGUCGUUUAUUCUAUUUUUGGAUUGAAUGUCGAAGGUAGCUGAUGCGUUGGUCUUUGUACGGUCACCUCUGGCCAAUCUCUCACUGAUAAGGCCAGCCGAAAAAUGUUUUCCAAGUUGGCAAAAUUAGGAGCAAAGUUUUGCAGGAAAGAGACGGAAGACGGUGCCUUCACACGAAUGAAGCGCAAGUUCAGCAAAUGGAGACUCACCGGAUCGUAA